UGCUGCUCGCUUCAGUCUUACGCGAACAUGUCAUUGUUAACAGGGAACAUUCAUUACAUGGGAAACCGAAAGUGUUUCACUUCAUACUUUUACUUUCGCUUUUAAAGCUCACUCACAUGUCUGAAUGCAUGCAAUUGUUUAACUAUUGAUGGAAGACAGGUCGAGGCACAUGCGACUGAGAGAAUGGCUCAUAGCGCAGAUAGACAGCGGUAAAUACGCUGGACUAAGCUGGGAAAAUGAGGAGAAAACCAUGUUCAGAAUUCCCUGGAAACACGCCGCCAAACAGGACUACAGACAGAACCAGGACGCCGCGCUUUUUAAGGCAUGGGCCAUGUACAAGGGUAAAUUUCAAGAGGGCAGGGACAAAGCAGACCCCUCUACGUGGAAAACGCGUCUGCGUUGUGCCCUCAACAAGAGCACAGACUUCCAGGAGGUUCCUGAGCGCAGUCAGCUGGACAUCUCCGAGCCCUACAAAGUCUACCGUAUUCUGGAUGACACAGGAAGAGCUGCAGAAUCUGCUGGGAAUCCACUGAUAUCACAGGACACUGACUGUAGCAAAGCCUUGAGAGAGACACAUCUGCCCAUUCAGGUACUGUUCAGUGACAACUCUUGUGGAAAUCCCCACACUCACUACACCGACUGGGUGACAUUUUUUCUGCCCCCUACUGGACAAAUGGAGUAUGUUUUGUGCAAUGUAAUAAGAGUUUAUUUUCACAUUCAGCAGGACAGUUCAUUCGGUGACUCAAGCAAAAGUGCUGGAUGGAGUGUGAACGGCAGGGCGUACGCGUGUCCCGGUACAGGCACUAAAGCCUGCGCUAACGCCGAUCUUCAGUCUGUUCCUCUAUAUCCAUCUCAGGUCCCCAUAACAGACUGCCGCCUGGAGGUGCGUUUGUUCUAUCACGGUAACGUGGUGCAGAAUCUGAUAACCACGUCUCCAGAUGGCUGCUUCAUUCUGCACGGCUGCGCUCCGGUCGGGAACGAGCGCAUCUACGGGCCUUGCGAAGCCAAAAAGGUCUUCUUCCCCCGUCCAGAAGUCGUGCACCUGCCCCCGGGCAUCGCGGAAGCCAUGACCCGUCUUCUGCCCCACCUGGAGAAGGGUGUGCUGGUGUGGGUGGCCCCAGAUGGUGUGUUCAUCAAGCGCUUCUGCCAGGGCCGCGUGUACUGGGACGGCCCUUUGGCAGAGCACAGACAUAAACCAAACAAACUAGAGAGAGAGAGGACCUGCAAACUCCUGGAUAUGACCAUCUUCAUGCAAGAGUUACAAAACCACCGGCAGGGCGCUGGUCCCGAGCCACAGUACACAGUGGACCUGUGCUUCGGAGAGGAGUUCCCUGACCCCAGCCAGCCAAAGACCAAGAAGCUCAUCACUGCACAAGUGAUUCCUCUGUUUGCUGUAGAGUGUCUCCGCAGGCAUAAUGCACCUAAUAAUGUGGAGAUGAAGCAAUCACCGCCACACAGGAAAACCAAUGAAUAGACACACCGUAAUCAGAACAGCACGUGUUUCAACACCCUUGUGUAGGAAUUCACCUAACAAUGGUAAUAAUAAUUGUAAUAAUAAUGGUAAUAAUAAAUAAUAAUACAAAAAUGUCUAUAUCUAACUUCAGUAAAAAGAAGACAUCUACAAUGUUAACUUUUGUUACUUUUGUUAACUUUUGUUGUCAUUUUCUGUAUCGAGCUUUGUGUCCUUUAUAAUCUUACUAAUGUUACUAAUCAUGAUACUGAUACAAUUAGAUUAUGAUUUCUUAUCUUUUUGUAAAACUAUGCUUGCAAAGUUAAAUUAAAAUAAAGAGUUUGGCUAGUCUUUUGUAUUACU